AUGGACGAACAAUUCCAAAUGCUAUUUGAUAACAUGAAAAUGGAAAUAAAAAAUCAAACCAUUGAAUUAACAGAAACCAUUACUAAAACCAUCAUGAGUAGACUGGAAGAAAAGUUAAAACCAAUUACAGAAGAAAACAGAUUGCUAAAAACAAAGUUAGAAAACAUGCAGGAAGAAAUGGAUCAUUUAAAGUGGGAGAAAAGAAGAACAUAG